CAGCAAUCAAGGGGGGCCUGGCUCGUUAGCGCAGGGGAUCCGAGCAGGGCAGGACAUGUGAGAUAGUCACAGUUUUCCAGAGAUCACGACAAGAUCUAACCAGUCGCGCGUGGUCCCCGGCGCCGGAGCGGGCCAGCCCAGCCCAGCGCCGCGCAGAGCCCCCGCCACCCCCGCGCCCAGAACCCCGCGCCCCUAGCCGCGCGCCGGACCGGGAGCCAGGAGGAGCCGCCGCCGCCGCGCUCGCCACCCGGCUCGUCCUUCCUCCGCGCGCGCCGCCGCCCGGGCCGGGGGUCCGAGCCGCGCGCCCCCGGCCCCGGCUCCCGGGCGCCUGGGCCGGAUGUCCCGAUGAGAGAGCCGGCGCUGGCGGCCAGCGCCAUGGCUUACCACCCAUUCCACGCGCCACGGCCGGCCGACUUCCCCAUGUCCGCCUUCCUGGCGGCGGCGCAGCCCUCCUUCUUCCCGGCACUCGCGCUGCCGCCCGGCGCGCUGGCCAAGCCGCUGCCCGACCCGGGCCUGGCGGGGGCGGCCGCGGCGGCGGCGGCAGCGGCCGCGGCGGCCGAGGCGGGGCUGCACGUCUCGGCACUCGGCCCGCACCCGCCCGCCGCGCAUCUGCGCUCGCUCAAGAGCCUGGAGCCCGAGGACGAAGUGGAGGACGACCCCAAGGUGACGCUGGAAGCCAAGGAGCUCUGGGACCAGUUCCACAAGCUGGGCACCGAGAUGGUCAUCACCAAGUCCGGGAGGAGGAUGUUUCCACCUUUCAAGGUGCGAGUUAGCGGCCUGGACAAGAAGGCCAAAUACAUCCUGCUGAUGGACAUUGUGGCUGCUGAUGACUGCCGGUAUAAGUUCCACAACUCUCGCUGGAUGGUGGCUGGCAAGGCCGACCCUGAGAUGCCCAAACGCAUGUACAUCCAUCCGGACAGUCCGGCCACCGGGGAGCAGUGGAUGGCCAAGCCCGUUGCCUUCCACAAACUGAAGCUGACCAACAACAUCUCUGACAAGCACGGCUUCACCAUCCUGAACUCCAUGCACAAGUACCAGCCCCGCUUCCACAUCGUGCGAGCCAACGACAUCCUGAAGCUGCCCUACAGCACCUUCCGCACCUACGUGUUCCCAGAGACCGACUUCAUCGCUGUUACUGCCUAUCAGAAUGACAAGAUCACGCAGCUGAAGAUCGACAAUAAUCCGUUUGCCAAGGGUUUCCGGGACACUGGGAACGGCCGGCGGGAGAAAAGGAAGCAGCUGACGCUGCCGUCUCUGCGCUUGUACGAGGAGCACUGCAAGGCGGAGCGCGACGGCGCCGAGUCGGACGCUUCCUCCUGCGACCCUGCCCCUGCCCGGGAGCCGCCGCUUUCCCCGGGAGCAGCGCCCAGUCCCCUGCGCGCGCACCGGGCCCGCGCGGAAGAGAAGCCGAACGCCGCCGACAGCGACGCGGAGCCCGAGCGGCCUGGCGAGGAGCGUGCGGGACCGGCGCUAGGCCGCAGUCCGGGCCUGGACGGCAGCAGCCCGGCCCGGGUGCCUGACCCUGAACGCGCCCGAGAGCGGCGCAGCCCGGACAGGGGCAAGGAGGCGGCCGAGAACAGCGGGGACUGCCCGUUUGGCCUGCGGAGCCUAGAGAAGGAGCGCGCCGAAGCCCGGCGGAAGGACGAGGGACGCAAGGAGGCGGGCGAGGGCAAGGAACCCGGCCUGGCGCCGCUGGUGGUGCAAACGGACACCGCGUCCCCGCUGGGCGCCGGCCACCUGCCUGGCCUGGCUUUCUCCGGCCACCUGCACGGGCAGCAGUUCUUCGGGCCACUGGGGGCCGGCCAGCCGCUCUUCCUGCACCCAGGACAGUUUGCCAUGGGCCCCGGAGCCUUCUCGGCCAUGGGCAUGGGUCACUUGCUGGCUUCGGUGGCAGGCGGGGGCAGUGGUGGAGGUGGUGGACCAGGGACCGCCACCGGCCUGGAAGCAGGCGGGCUGGGUCCCGCAGCCAGCGCGGCCAGCACCGCUGCGCCCUUCCCAUUCCACCUCUCCCAGCACAUGCUGGCAUCUCAGGGAAUCCCGAUGCCCACUUUCGGAGGCCUCUUCCCCUACCCCUACACCUACAUGGCAGCAGCGGCUGCAGCCGCCUCCGCUUUGCCAGCGACCAGUGCUGCGGCAGCGGCAGCAGCAGCCGCCGGUUCCUUGUCCCGGAGCCCCUUCCUGGGCAGUGCCCGGCCCCGACUGCGCUUCAGCCCCUAUCAGAUUCCGGUCACCAUCCCGCCCAGUACUAGCCUCCUCACCACGGGGCUGGCCUCGGAGGGCUCCAAGGCUGCGGGCAGCCACAGUCGGGAGCCCAGCCCUCUGCCUGAGCUGCCUCUCCGGAAAGGGGGGGCCCCACCCCGAGGGGCCCUGUCCCCUGGCGGCUCUGCCAAAGAGGCCGCCACUGAACUGCAGAGUAUCCAGAGACUGGUGAGUGGGCUGGAGAGCCAGCGCGCCCUCUCCCCAGGCAGGGAGUCACCCAAGUGAGGGUGCCCAGCUGCUCCACCGCCUCACCCGGCUGCCUGCCCUACCGCUCAGGAUGUGCGUGCGGCACAGAAUGGGUAUUUAUUUAAUCAAAGGAACAAAGCGCAGAGCAGGCUGCAGCAGCCCAGAGAGGACCCUGUGCUGCCCCCAGCCUCUGGGAAUACAGUCGCUUGGGAGUCCCUCAACGAGGUCCAGAGGUGCUGGGCAAGGUGGAUCUCCCACUCCCAGCGGAGUGGGGAGCCUCAUCCUGGCAGGCGACUUUCCCCAGCCAGAAGGUGCGGGGCCAGGGGUGGGGAAUCCGGAGGGAGCACCAGAACACUCCCAGCCCCAGGCUCGGGCUGGUACCCCUUGGGCAUCUGGGCUGAGAGAUGCUGGGGAGAGUGAAGACGAAAGUCAGCGUAGACUUGGGCUGGGAGAGGACCUUGUCUUCUAGUCUUUCCACUUCUUCCCCUAAGAGACAGGCGCCCCUCCUAGCCCUGGGAGCGGAAGGAGGGGCGCUCUGGCCUGAGUCCCCAGGGAGAAAAAGAUAUUUAUGAAAUAAAUGGUAAUUUGUGUACAUAAGCUUUAAGGGUCCCAGAAUAUGCAAAGUCGGUAUUAAUUUAUUCGAAGGUGUACAUGGCUGUGUACAGGAUAUUUAGAGAUGAACUCCUAGCAUUUAAAGUGUUCCCAUUUUCCAUGAGCAUCUAUAUUGUUCGGGGCUGGAUGCGGGGUGGGGGAGUGGGGUG